AACAGGAUUAGGGCGCGCGGUGACCGUAGUUAGAGUGUCGCGGCCCGGCAACCGCUGUUGCGCGAGGGGAAGGCGGGACGCCCAGGUCUGUGCUAGGCCCUGACGAAUGCUCUCGUUUCCACGGUCUACACUUGCGUCUCCCUUCCUCCCCGCAACUUCACUCCCGCCCGGGUUGCCCGGCUGCGGGGAGAGCCGCGGGUCGGUCUACCUUUUAAGCAUGCAGCUAGAUUUGAUUUAUUCCAUUUGUAUCUUAACAGCUCCCAGGGCUUUUCCUGAGUAGUAGAAGUUACAAGUGCUCCACUGAACAACCACUUCCAAGUCCUGUCAUCAAAUCUUAGGCUCCUGUUCUAAAUGGUAACAGAUAUAUGACAUAUCUUUUAUUUAAAAGAAAUGAGUGUGACUAGUAUUGCAUUAAGAGUUGAAACUUGGCUUUUAGCUACAUGGCAUGUUAAAGUACCUCUGAUGUGGCUGGAAGCUUGUAUUAACUGGAUCCAAGAAGAAAAUAAUAAUGUUAAUUUGAGUCAGGCACAAAUAAACAAACAAGUGUUUGAGCAAUGGCUCCUAACUGAUCUGAGAGAUUUGGAGCAUCCUCUUUUACCUGAUGGCAUUUUAGAAGUUCCAAAAGGAGAACUGAAUGGGUUUUUUGCUCUGCAGAUUAAUUCAUUGGUUGAUGUAAGUCAACCUGCAUAUUCCCAGAUACAAAAAUUGAGAGGAAAGAAUAAUAUGAAUGACCUAAUUACAGCUGAAACACAAGUAACCCCAAAACCUUGGGAAGCAAAACCUUCACGAAUGUUGAUGCUGCAGUUAACUGAUGGAAUUGUCCAAGUGCAAGGAAUGGAAUAUCAGCCUAUUCCAGUUCUUCAUAGUAAUCUUCCUCCAGGUACAAAAAUUUUGAUUUAUGGAAACAUUUCUUUCCGUCUUGGUGUUCUCUUAUUGAAACCAGAAAAUGUGAAGGUGUUGGGAGGAGAAGUAGAUGCUCUUUUAGAGGAAUAUGCACAAGAAAAAGUACUUGGAAGAUUAAUUGGGGAAACUGUUCCUAUAGUUUCAGUCAUACCAAAUAAUUCUAACCAAAGCAUCCCUAGAAUUACAGAUGAUCUCGAUCUUGUGUUAGGGCCUUCUGAUGAAGAACUCUUGGCAAGUCUUGAUGAAAAUGUUGAGCUUGCAGCAAAGAAUGACACCUCUUUGGAAAGAGGAUGUUUCAGCACAGGUAGUUCCUCAAAUGCUUUUCCCCCAGGACAGUCAGAUUUUGAACAAGGACUUGCUAUUUCUCUAAGACCAAAGGAGAAACCACCAAAUCAAUCUGUGCAUUUCACUGAUGGGGAAUUAGAUGACUUUUCAUUGGCUGAGGCCUUGCUUUUGGAAGAAGCUGUCCAGAAAGAACAAAUGGAGCCUAAAGAAUUGCAGUCAUUGACUUUGAACAGAAUCACAGAUGAAACAAUAGAGAGAUCUUCAGAUAAACAUAAUACUUCAAAUGAUUUUUCUUUGAUUUGCAAGUAUGGAAACAGUAAUUGGAAUGAAAAAAAUUUAUCUGAACGAAUGACUAAUGAAGACAAAUCUUUUAGUUGUCUAUCUGCUAGAGACAACAAUAGUGUUUUUUCAGUUCAUAAUAUACUACUCCCCCAUGAUUUUACAAAUAAAGAUAAGAACUCUGGGACAGAUAAUAAAGUAAAACCAACCAUCAGCAGUUCAGAUAGACAUUCCUUAAAUAAUAAAAUAUUAAAUGAAGAACUGGGCAGUUAUGUACCAAAAAGUUCACAAAUUUCUAAUGAAAGCGAUCACCAUUUACAGAAUUAUUCUUUAAGAUCAUCAGAGAAUAGCACUAAUCUUUCUGUUGCCCUGGAUUUGUAUUCUCCACCCUUUAUCUAUUUGUCUGUUCUAAUGGCCAGCAAACUAGAGGAAGUUACAACAGUGAAAGUCAAAGCAUUUAUUGUAACCUUAACUGGAAAUCUCUCAAGUUCUGGUGGCAUUUGGAGUAUAACAGCAAAGAUUUCUGAUGGUACCGCAUAUUUAGAUGUAGACUUUGUAGAUGAAAUACUUACUAGUCUGAUAGGGUUUUCAGUACCAGAAAUGAAAAAGUUAAAAAAGGAUCCUCUUCAAUAUCAAAAGUUCCAGGAAGGUUUGCAGAAGUGUCAGAGAGAUCUAAUAGAUUUGUGCUGUCUGAUGACUAUUUCCCUUAAUCCCUCCUUGUCUAAAGCAAUGGUACUGGCAUUACAAGAUGUUAAUGUGGAACACCUUGAGAACCUAAAGAAGCGAUUGAAUAAAUAAUUUUCUAAAAGAGUAGAAAACAAUGAAAUACUUAGAAUUAAAUUUGUCCUUUUAUUUUUGAAACUUUCCUUUCGUAAAAAAAAAGUUUCAUGACAUUUCAAUAUAAUUUAAAAAUGUUUAAUCAUGUUUGUGUGUUUAGGUUUUUUAAAUAAAUUUUUAUAGUAACUAUUAGAUGAAGGAAUUUGGUGACUCACUGUUACUGAGAAAUUUGUUUUCCACUUGUAAUUUCACAUAAUAUGAUUGCUAUAAAGUGUUGUACUGGUGUUUACUGGUGUGCCAUAUUGUUGAAAGUUAAUUAUAAAUAGGUAGUUGUACUUUAAUAUGUUGAAUACUCAAAAAUUUGUUUAUAUUAUACUUGGGAAAAUGUAAGUCAGAAUGUCAGGCUUUCAGAUUCAAAUGUUUUGCUGAUUGUAAAUGUUUGAUAUAUUUAAGUCAAAUAGUAUGUUAACAAGAUAUUUCAGAGAGUAUAUUGAAUGGUUAAAAACUUAUUUUCAAGGAUAAUUUAUUUUAAAUGGCAUAUUGGAAGCAUUAUGAAGGUGCAGUAAGUAUUUCAUGUUUUUGGAUUAAAAUAAGGUAUUUAUCCAUGACUUUAGGUGUUAUCCCCUUUCUGAAUUAGCUUUACAUAUAAGCCUCUCUGGCUUUUUGGAAGUGCUGGCAUUUUUUUUUAAAGGGAGACUGUUUAUCACUUUUCCACUUUGUUAUCAAAGUCACAUAUGAAAGGUAAAGUUAUUUUGAUUAAUAUUUUGUCUUUGAAAGUUUUAAGUGUUUUGAAAUUUAAAACAUUAAACAAACAAAUAACAAA